UAGUUAUAAAGAGAUAGUGCAUUCAUUUCAUACUCUGCCACCUUGUUUACAAAUAUUUCAAUUUUAAUAAAUUUAAUAGAAACUGAUUGACUAAUAAUGCAAAAAUGUUGUUAAAGUGAAUUAAAAAUGAGUUUAAAAAUCAUCAUUAAUGUGAACAAAGCUUCAACAAUUCUCUUAAUAUCGUUAAAAAAUCGGCAUAGUUCACUCAGUGUCGGCACACAUGAGCUAUUGUUUACAAAUAACUAGUGACAUUCAAAUUUUUGAGUAACUUGUAUCCAAUAUAGAGGCAACCAAAUGAUUGAUGUCAUGUUGAAGACGAUUUAGAACAAUUCAAUUCUUCAAGGCAAUCAAUUGUGGCGAAAGAACGCCAAAUCUCCUGACUGAUUUAGUUCAGUGGCGCGAAAGCUACGGAGUGUGAUGGCCGUGUCGUGGUAUGCUGUGGCUGUGCUCGCAGCGACAGCGCUCGGAGCUUCCGUCGCACUCACGUUCAUGCCGUACAACGCUCCAGCUCCAGAUUUAGCGGUAAACUCAAGUCGCAUUAUACGGACUUUUAAACGUGUAUCACCGGAGAAACAAGUUUUAGAAAAGUCAUCUUGCGGCAGGGUUUGGAUCACCGUCCACUCGCCUGAGAUUCGCCGGUCGUCUGAUUCACUAUUAGAUGCUAUAGAACUCAAUUGGGACUUCAGCGGAUGUUCGAGUAGACCGAGACAAAUAGGUCUAUUCAACGGCCAACCUUCGUCAUGGGACACCGCUCUAAUAAGGCACAACAUAAACUCGGUUCAAGCGCGUGUAAUAACCAGUGUGUCGCUAGGCCCAGGAACCCUGCCAGCCGGAUGGGAUACAGACGCAGGUCCAAAAGGACCACACUGUUUAUGGCCCUGGGUAGGAGCAGGAGACAAUGGAAUAUCGGUUACCAAUUGCUUAAAAAUUCAGCCGACUUGGAUGGAAGAUAAUGCUCAUAGAAUAAACAGACUUCGCAUCGGACAAUUGGCACUGCCAGGCACGCACAACGCAGGGUCGUGGCGAUUCAACACCGAGGUCAGCAAUCUGGCGCGAGACAGCUUCGUGCUCUGCCAGGACCGCUCUAUCUGGGCGCAGCUCGUCUAUGGCAUUAGAUACUUCGACUUUAGAAUCGCUUACUACGACUUUUAUCCACGGGAGGAUGAUAGGUACUGGUUGAACCAUAAUCUUAUAAGAGUUCGACCACUAGUACCAUUACUGAGAGAGAUAAGACAGUUCCUCGACCGCACCAAAGAGGUAGUUUUCCUGGAUGCUCAUCACUUCCCGGUCGGCUUCUAUCAGUCAAACGGAGCGCUCGUUAGGGACGCGCACAUCGGCUUUCUCCAGAUUAUACAGAGAGAAUUAGGACCCCAUUUAGCUCACGCGAACAACUUCGCUACAGGCGUGGGUACGAGAGGGCCAACGCUGCAAAGUUUAAUAAACGCUAAUAGAAGACUUGUCUUUAGUUACAUAGACAACAGUAUUGUGGCCGCAAACAACUGGCUGUGGCCGCCAUUACCUCAUUUGUGGGCGAAUACAAACAACCCAACGCAGCUGUUUAAUUUCUUGGACCGAGCGAUCAGUACAUCGCCGCUGCCGUCCGCGCGGUCGCCGCUGUACUCGGCGAUGGCGCAGACCACACCGACAGCAUUGGACAUCCUGCUCUUGCGCGGCUCCUUGCGGGAUAACGCUAAUGACGUCAACCAUAUCGUGACAGCACGCCUCGCCUCUCACUGGCGAUCCAACGCCAACAUCGUCUCCACCGACUUCUUCCUCGGCAACGACGUCGUCGACCUCUCCAUUAUGAUCAGUGUGGAACGCGGUUCUCGAUUAUGACAUCAACACGGACAAGCCCGAAGCGGAGGACUACACGUAAACGUUAAGAAUCGCGAUGCUGGUUCUCAUUUGUUCCGUCGCUCCCCAUGGCUUCCGCGCUGGCGCAACCGCUCCGAACCGACUCGGCACUGGCCCUCACACGACCAAUUUAUCUAGUUAUUCACUGAUCGUGGAUAUCCGUCGCGCCUAUGGCAGCCGAGUAUUAUUGUCAUAUGUAAGAUAUAUUUAGCUAAGUAUUUUAUUUGUAGAUGUUUAGAUUCAAACUAGUCCAACGACUUAUUGCCCGAUGUCAAUUUUUGUUUAUAAACAAAGAUUAUUAAAUAGAAACAAAGUGUGCCAAAGCA